AGGAAAGAUAGAGAUCAUCUUUUGAAAGACUCCACAUAUGCCAGCUUGUUGCAUCCUUGUUUUGCCAACUGGUUGCUUGCCGGACUGCACAGUCAUUACAUACAAGACUCCUGAACUAGAUUGCUUAUGUGAGGCCCUCAUCAUCAUCAUCAUCAUCAUCAUCCCCCCAAAAAAAAGCCAAAUUUACUCGAUGGCAAAGUGAUGGAGUAACUUGGAGGGUGCUGUAACGCUCCUUUUUAUUAUUUGUGUUUCUUUGAGUCUCCCCAAUAAUUGUUUUCUUUUGUAGCUUGCGGUGAAGAGGAGGAUAAUAGCGGUAAUUAAAGGUUUAGUGAUUAUAUGAAAAAGUAUAUUUAUAAGGCGUGUAUUCGUGGGAGUGAUUUAAAAGUCUUGAAACAUUUAUUAUAAAUAGUCUUACUUAUUUCAACUGUGGUUUUCUCUAAUCAGUGGUAAUACGAAUAAUAGGAUUACAUCAUGUUGCGUCAGCCUACCAGUAACUCAUAAGGUGUCAUUCCCUAGCUUAUAAAAUAUGUUAGUAAUUUAGAAUUCAAUUAUUAACUUCAACUAAUGUCCAGCCUAUAUGCUCACCUUGCUAGCCAAUUAUUCCUGCAUUUUUAUUUAAACUCACGGUUCAGUAAAAUUAUUUGUGAAAGAAGAGAGAGAGAGAACUAGCUAAGGUUCCAAUAACUUCAGAGGCCUGGGGGUGUUGAGGGAGAGAGCAUAGAAUGGCGUCUCCCUUCCCUCUGGCAACAGGACACAGCGGAGCACGGGCCGACAGUAACACAGGGAGGAAGUCAAGCAAGAAAGAAAGAAAAAUGAAUCAAGAGAUGGACCCCACCACCAACGCCACUCCUCAACAUAAGCACUGCCCGCCAGAAGGCGACGCAGCAGCCCCAGCCAGCCAUCCCUCACUCCUGCAGCAGCCGUCGCCUUUCUUCGCCAGGGCGCAGCCUUCCCCUGCGGCAGGUGGGGGUGAGCAACAACUCUACCAACCUCAACACCAGCACCAGCAGUACUACCGCCAGCAAACCUUGAGCCAUGGCCAGAGUGGCCCGGUCAGCUAUCAAAACCUUCAGGCAGCGAAGGAGGAAGCCAAUCAUUUCAAGGAGAGUCUAAGGAUGAUGAACAUCGCGGUUCAGUCUGCCGAAAGGGAUGAAGCAAAUGCAAAGGCAAGAUCAGAAAUGUUUCACCAGGAGCUUUCUCAUUGCCUAAAUGAAAGCCCAGAGUAUUUGGCCUAUACACGAAUUGAACAAAAAGUACGGAGGUUCAUAAAGGACCUUACCUGCUGCUCCUGCUGCUGCGGCUUUAGGAAUGCUACACAUAAGAGGAAGCAUGUGUCCACUACCCUUUAUCAGUUAUAAUUUUGUUUCAGCGCUUGACAACAGCUAAGUUUGCUAGUUUUAGUGCUCUCUCUCUCUCUCUCUCUCUCUCUCUCUCUCUCUCUCUCUCUCUCUCUCUCUCUCUCUCUCUCUCUCUCUCUCUCUCUUUCUUUCUCUCUUAGUAGUUGCUUUUGUCAUCUAUAAACACACCCAAGUACUUUAUUUUGUCAGUCAGUACCGUGAUUAUUUUCCGUUUAUUGUGGCUUGUCAGUCCUGUGUCAUAGCGCUGUGUUGCCCCUUAGUCUGUUCAUCUCGAGGGCCUUUAUUACCAAACGCCGCGUCGUCUCACCUCUGCUCCCUUGAACCCUUUCACUGGGACAAGCAACACUAGGCGCAAUACAUGAAGUCUUUGCAGUUACAGGCAGUUCAAUGAUUAGAGGUAUUUUCAAGAGUGGCAAUGACUGUAGUGAUAUUUUAAUAGUGAUUCAACUUCAUCAGUGGGGAAACAGUAUGAGAGCCUUACUAAUAGUACUUGUGGCCUUCGGAGAACAACUGAGGGGAGUAUGAACCAUCUAUGAACGCUGACUUGAACCACACUCUUUGUUUAUGUGCACUGCAUUAUUCAGUACUAUUAUUAUUAUUAUUAUUAUUAUUAUUAUUAUUAUUAUCAUUAUUAUUAUUAUUAUUGUUAUUAUUAUUAUUAUUAUUAUUAUUAUUAUUAUUAUUAUUAUUAUUAUUAUUAUUAUUGUUAUUAUUAUUACUAUUUAUUUAUUUAUUUAUUUAUUUAUUUAAUCUUAUUUAUUAUUAUUAUUAUUAUCUUUUAUUAUUGACUUUUUUUUAUUGAUUUACUUAUUUGUUUAUUUAUUUUAGAUUAUCGUCAGCUUCUCAGAUGCUUGAUCUACGUAGGUUGGCUUAUCAGCUGUUCACACUCUUGCCAGGUGUUGGGUAGAGCGUUGAUGCUUGAAUGUAUUGAGUUGGUGUCAUUUUAUCAGUAUCAUGAAGAUUUACCUCCUCUGCUUUGUUAUCCACGCCUAACGUUCAUGUUUUUUUUUUUUUUUUUUUUUUUUUACUUAUUUUAAACUUUUAUACAUGCAAACCACAGUUUUACUUGUAUUUAAAAAAAUGUUAAAUAAUGCUAUGCUUAUGC